AUGUACGAAGAAGGAUCUACAACAGAUCUUAUAAUAAAAGAAUGCAGUGCGAAGGCGGAAUGGGGUGUAUGGCGUUGUCCUGGAGUCGGAAGAGAAUGCAGUACUGAAUCCGCUACCCGUUAUAAAUGUAUCGGUGGUGAUUGUACGAUUGACAGCCCAUGCGCUAAACUUGCGAAUUACAGUCAGACAGAUUCGUGCAAAACCGUUCUUGAACGUGGUGAAUGUGAGCCAUGGUGGGCUAACUGGUCACCUUGGUCCAAGUGUUCAGCGACCUGUGGAUUUACUGAAAGACAUCGCUUUCGCCCUUGUGUUGGAGCAUUCAUUCGUCAAACCCGUAGGCAAGAAGUACAAGAAUCACUUUCGAAAUCAUGUGCAUCUAUUAAAAGAGCACAUGAAGGUGUUGAAACAGCCCCAUGUCCAAUGAGUCGUUUGUGUCCAAUUGUUACAGGUGGAUGGGGUGAAUGGGGUGAAUUCAGUCCAUGUUCAGUCACUUGUGGUGUAGGCAAACGAACACGUCAUCGUCAGUGUGAUCGACCAAGGCCACAAGGUGGAGGUUUAUACUGUCAGGGUACUGACUAUCAAGAGAUAACUUGUGAAGGGUUUCUUCCAUGUCCUCAAAUGGGGCAGUGGUGUCCUUGGUCACCAGUUGUUCAACAGUGUACACGUAGCUGUGGUCCACAUGGGAUGGGGUUAAGACUACGUCACUGUGCCUGUCCAAAACCGUCUCAUGGAGGCUCUGACUGCAAAAUCCCACCAGAAGCAGCAGAUAUGGCAGAUUAUGAAAGAGUUAAGGCGGCCACUACCAACAGCCCUGAUGCUGCUAAAGGAUUUGCAAUCGAAGCAAUAGCUAAAGGUGAAGGAUUAUGGGAGCCAUGUAAUCGUCAUCACUGUCCAUAUCUAAGAACUUUAGAUACUCAAGAAGAACCACUAGUCUCUCAAGAUCUUAUGCUUCAAAAGCCUGAGGAUACCUGGAUGUGGUCAGCUGGAUCACCACAGAGAAUGAACGGUCCUGUGCAACUAUUCUGUCCACCGUCUCGCAGAUCUCGCAAAGAAAUAUUUGAUAAACCAGAACGUUUUCCGAAAUCCAAGUCAUAUUGGACUCGCUCAGUACCAGCUUCCUCUAAGCAACCUAACGACAAUCCAGGUGAACCAGUAGAGAAUACAAAACUAAUUCUUGUGGAAGGUGAUCGUCUGACCAUUCGCAGAUUAGAACCAUCCACUGUUGGUAUUUACAGAUUCGGUUAUGAAUAUGAACCUGGUUAUUUUGAGACAGUAUGUUUCUUUCCCGUGUACAUUCAUAAGUGGGAACAAGUAUUGACACAUGGAAUCACUUUUGACUUAGCUUGUAACUCCUUAGGAAUGUGGCCAGUAAUAAGCAAACCUAAAACGGGCAGAUGGUUCACUUAUUGGAAUGUCAAACUGUUAAGAGACGCGGAGGAUAUAGAAAACGAAAAACUAUGGUGGUAUACAGAACUACGAAAACCCGAUAUUAUCGAACAAAGCGAAACCACUCCAGUUGUGAAUGAAACGAAUAGUACAUCACGACAUGGAACAGGGCUGACUUUGUGGGAUACGGAGUACAGAAGAAUUUAUGAUGCUGUGGAAACAAUGACUGGAUAUUAUGAAUGUCAAAUAUACAACAAAAUCAAUGCUACAUAUGGCAGAACAUUUACAACACAAUCACUUUAUAUUGUGAUAAAACCACCUCCGGGUAUCUGGAUACUACUGAAAGAGUGGUGUAUACAACAUAAAGUCAGUUUGCUCAUACUACUUAUCGUUGGAAUUCUAAGUAGUAUAUCAUACGGAUUAUAUCUAUGGGUGAGGGCGAAAAAAUUGGCCAGAUUAGAAAUUCUCGCAAAAGAAGCUAGAAACGAAAGACAAAUGAAGAAACUUCAAGAAAUUGACGCGUCGACUAAGUGA